AUGGACGGCGUGUUCACCGCCGGCAAGUUCAAGGGCAGAUGGUUCUCCGAUGUGGCAGGCCAGGAGACUUCGUUCGUCGCCUGGGCAAAAAGGCAGAAGACACCUCCAGGAUACCUGCGGGCUUUCCUGGACUUCUUGAAGCAGGGAAGACGUGGCCAACGAUCCCUGGACGGCCUCGUGGUGAAGACACCUCGCGCGGCGGCACUGCCCGCAGAGAGCGAGCAGGUGACGGAGGACACUGGAGAAGGUCGCGGCUUGCGCUUUGACUUCCUCAUGGCGCUAGAGGUAGUUGGCCCUGAACUUUUCGAGGUCGGACCCGAAGACCAGGAUGCAGAGGUGCCCCACACCCUCCGCACAGCCCUAGCGCAGCACCGCGGCGCGACAGCUGCCCCGGGAGCCUCGCGCUGGCGGUUCCCAGCAGCUCUUUAUGCCGAAGUGCUCCGCUGGCUGGAGUGGAAUCCUGAUUUCCGAUGUCGCGUGGAGCCUGUGCCAGUGUGGGUGCUGAAGCGCUUGCCCGCCUUCGCUGCUUCGGCAGAGAAGGUGCAAGCAGUGGCAGCGCUCCGCCUGUCUUUGGCAACCAAGAGGUUGCUGGCAGAGCUUCCCAAGCCAGCGCCGAAAACGCAACCAACGCAGACGGAGGAGGAUCACAAACCGGUCAAGGCCUUGGACCUCGAUGGCUUGGGGGGCCAAUUGCUUCCCUUCCAGGUAGACGCGGUUGAGUUUGGCCUCCGGCAUCAUGCAAGGUUCCUGCUGGGGGACGAGAUGGGCCUGGGCAAGACAAUCACAGCCCUGGCAUUAGCCAAGCACUUCGUGGAGGAAUGGCCAGUCCUGGUUAUCGCACCUGCGCCCCUCUGCCGGGUGUGGCAGGACCAAGCCUUACGUUGGCUGCCGACGCUCCUGGCACCCAAAGACGUGGUGGUCGUCCGCUCGGGACAGGAAGUGGUUCCGACUGUUGCUAAGAUGGUAGUGGUCUCAUACAACCUUCUACCUGCGCGGCAGGAUUCAAGCAAGCCCGGCAGCUUCGGCGAGUUCCAGAUAGUCAUCGUCGAUGAGUGUCAUCAGCUGCGGGGCCAGAGCUCCAAACGAGCGCAGGCGGUGGUGCCUCUAGCCCGGAGAGCAAAGCAUGCUCUCCUGCUGACAGGUACUCCGCUCGUCGCACGCGCAGAGGAUGCGUAUCCUUUGCUGGAAAGUCUUCUGCCCGAGGGAGAGCUCCCCUCGGUCAACGACUUCGCUGCCCGGUAUGGCCGGCGCGGUGCACAGCGCCUGCAGGAGCUUCACGCCCUUCUCGGGUCAGUUAUGCUACGUCGCACCAAGGUGGAGAUGCUCCCUCAGCUGCCGAAGAAACGUCGGCGGAGAGUGCUUUUGGACCUGGGGCCUUCUGCUCCGUCUGCAAGUCCAGCUGCUCGCGAGGAGCCUGUGGAAGAGGCUUGCGAGAGAUUGGCGAAAGCGAAGAAAGCUGCGGUGGCAGAAUAUCUGUCCUGCUUGCUGGCUGCUAACGUCCGGUUCCUCGUCUUCGCCCAUCACUUGGCCAUGCUCGAUGCCCUGGAGAAGUCGUUGCAGGAGCAGUCCAUCCGGUACUUCCGCAUCGACGGCAGCACCCUGAUGACAGAGAGAUCAAAGUACAUCGAUUCGUUUCAGACCACCGACCACUUUCAGGUGGCGCUGCUGUCCCUCACAGCAUGCUCGCAAGGCUUCACGCUCAGUGCUGCCUCCGUCGUUGUUUUUGCGGAGCUCUUUUGGGUUCCUGGGACACUCCUCCAAGCAGAGGAUCGAGCCCAUCGCCUUGGCCAGGAAAACAUGGUGGAUGUGCACUACUUAGUGGCUCCUGGAACAGUCGAUGAGCGCAUGCUGGCUGCCGUAGAGAGACGCGCGCGAGAUGCGGAUAAAGCUGUCGAUGGGGGCACAGCAACUGCGCCGCUGGCGAGAGAAGGAGGCAUUCUGGAGGCACCUGUGGUAGAGAAGGCCACCGCUGUGGAGGAGGUGGCAUCAGGAGCCAGAGGAGCCAAGAGGAAGGCCUUACCAAAGGAGUCUGAGGAUGACCUAGUGCUCAUCGGCCCACGAAGCUCCGGGCGCCCGUUCACAUGGGCCAAAAUGAGCAUUGGGAUUUCAGAUCCUGGCCUUCCAAUCCUUCAGGCUUUCGGU